AUGCCCGGAGAAGUCCGAUAUGAGUACAGACGGAAACACGUUCUCCGGGAGAAGAUGACCCCGCGUCGUCGCGUCUUGGCAGGAAUUCGUCGUGCUAUUUUUGCCGCUGGUGUCCUGGCGCUUAUUGUCCUGGCAUUGUCAGGCCAGGAUGGCACCAACACCCUGCAGCACGGGAAUUCGCUGGAGGACGCGAAUCUGACGCCGGAGGAGAAAAUAUUAGAGCAGAUUACGACAGCAGAAACUGAGCAACGUCUAAUAGCCAGGCGGAAAUUUCUGGCGGAAAAAUGCGCCGAGGAGGGACUCGAUCGUUCUGGCAAUGACUCGCUUCACAGGCCGAACGCCUGGGAAUUUCUUGUAAAUAAAGAAUAUCAUCUUAUAUGGUGCAACGUUUUCAAAGCAGCAUCGACAUCAUGGAUGUAUAACUUUAAUUUACUUGCUGGAUACAGUCCGCAAUUUUUGAAGGCCUCCAAGGCAGUGCCAGUCUCAUUAGCUAGACAAAGGUAUCCUAGGCACAGCGCAGAAGAACUAGCUAAAUAUCUAAAUGACAGCAUCAGUUUUUUGAUAGUGCGACAUCCUUUCGAAAGAUUGCUCAGCGCUUAUCGAGAUAAAUUGGAGCAUAGUCUGCCGCACACAUUUCACAGUAACCUCGGUGCACACAUAGUUUGGCACUACAGAGCAAGGGAUUCAAAGACGAAUACAAGACAAGGACCGAGAUAUCCCCUCUUCGAGGAAUUCGUACGAUGGUUGUUAUGCCAGUGGAGAGCAGGGAACGAUCUCGACAUGCAUUGGACACCAGUUGUAAACUUUUGCACACCCUGCCAAGUGCGAUUCGAUGUGAUAGCGAAAUUCGAGACAUUACAUAAUGACCAAGACUAUCUCAUAAAACAAGCUCACGUGGGACACAUCAUCAAACCCGAGUGGAAAAAUCCUACUAAGGGCGUGCAAACGAAAGAUGUCAUAAAAAAUUAUUUUAUGCAAUUAUCCAAGACACAAAUCGAAGAGCUCUAUGAAAUGUUCAGGUAUGACUUCGUACUAUUCGAUUAUUCGCCAGACGAAUAUUUAGCAUUUGGUAGAGAUGAAAUCACCACACUAAUAUGUAAAAAAUGAACUUGACAUAUCUAUACUUGAGAUAUGUGAAUAUGAAAUGGAAUGAGACAUACGACACACACAACGAAAUCGUAGGUAGCGCUUAAAUAAAUUUGAAGGGACAGGAAGUAUAAUAUUCGAUAUGUAUAUAGUGACGAUCAAUGCAUUUCUUAUAUGGGAAAAAAUGAAAGGAUAUAUCCUGGUUUUGUAACUUACAUAUAAACUACGUUAUCAUAUUGAACAUUUUGAUAGCGCAUACGUUAAAGUUUAUCGAAUUGUUAUACUGAAAUAUAUUGGAAGAAAUAUAUUAGAAGAACACAAUAAAAAUUUACGAUAAAUAAUGAUGCAAAU